AUGACUAAAGUGUCGAAAUUACCACCUCCCUCAGGUGGACUUCUGGCAGUUUUACCUGACCAGUCUACACCUUGGUACAGGAAAAGACAUCUAGUCAAGCUCAAUGCAUUGAUCCUUGGCCUAGUUUGCUUUCAAGGAGCAGUUGGUUACGAUGGUAGCUUACUCAACUCGCUCCAGUCGUUUCCCCAAUGGACCUCAUUCAUGGACCAUCCUGCUGGAGAAUGGUCAGGCUUCAUCAAUGCCUCCUAUUUCAUCGGAUUCUUCGUAGCUUGCCCACCUAGCUCUUGGCUCGCCAACAAAUACGGCCGUCGAUUACCAGCUUUUCUUGCUUUCAUCCCACUAGCACUAGGUGUAGGUUUACAAACAGGUGCCCAAUCAGGCGCGCAAUGGAUCGCAGGUCGUUUCAUUCUCGGUAUACCAACUGCUAUGUUCUCAACAUCAGUACCUCUGCUCAUCACAGAAAUUGCAUACCCUGCCCAAAGAAGUGUUAUCACUUCUUUGACCAACUGCAAUUACUUUGUUGGCGGCAUUGUUGCUGCGUGGGCUUCUUACGGAACGAGGAACUACACCGACUGGGCUUGGAGAAUCCCUACCAUCCUGCAAAUCGCUCUGCCACUCGUCGCCUUGCCUUCUCUGAUCCUUGUGCCGGAAAGUCCCCGCUGGCUGAUUUCUGUGGGACGACAAGAAGAGGCCCGUCAAAUUCUUGGAAACCUGCAUGCGGGCCGUGAUGCGAACCAUGCUCUUGUCGACUUCGAACUCCACGAAAUUACCACAGCCAUCGAAUCCGAGAAGCAAGCGUCGCAAUCGACCUCAUAUGCGAUGCUACUAUCCACAAAGGCCCACCGCCGAAGAUUCUUUAUUACCGCCACGUUGGCAGUGUAUAGUCAAUGGGUUGGUAACGGAGUGGUCAGCUACUACCUUGCAACGGUUCUUGCAACUGUUGGUAUCACAUCUGUCACAGAUCAGACCCUCAUCAUGGGAUGUCUCCAAAUUUGGAGUUUGAUGGCAGCCUGCACUGGUGCUGCGUGUAUGGAACGCCUGGGAAGACGAUUCCUCCUCAUGCUCUCAUGUGCGAUCAUGCUUGUUAGUUUUAUUCUCAUCACCGCUAUGUCGGGGAGCUUUGCCGAAACUGGAUCAAGAGCCGUUGGAAUCACUAUGAUCCCUUUCAUCUUCCUUUUCAAUGCCGGUUACGGUGUCGCUAUAACACCUCUUCAAAUAGCUUAUCCUCUAGAACUCUGGCCUUUCCAACUACGUGGGCGUGGAAUGUCAGCAGCCUGGAUGAUCAUGAUCCUGGCCCUCAUCUUCAACGUCUUUGUUAACCCCGUUGCGUUGACGGCUAUUGGCUGGAAAUACUACAUAGUCUACGUGGCGCUUCUCGUAUCGUAUGGUUUCGUCAUCUUCUUCUUCUACCCAGAGACUAGAGGUCGCACUCUUGAAGAAAUAUCUGUCAUCUUUGGGGAUGCACCCGAGGGACUCUAUUCGGACCAACUUGAGACAAAGGAGGUGGUGGAGAAGGCGGGUGUCAAACACUUGGAAUAG